AUGGCGACCGCAGCUCAGCGACAAGAGCUUGACAGAGCUGAAUAUGUCGACUCUCACCAUGGCUCAUCACGACUACACGAUUCCACACAGGCUACGACUGACACAACAGCUGUGUCGACUGAUCCAGCCACAAGUGCUGCAGCCGGCUUCAACGAGGACGUAACUGCACAAGCACCAAAUCACCAAGCACAUGCAUCAAUUAGCUCAUCGACAUCCUCGAAGGAAGAUUCCCUAUCCCCAGAAAGGUCACCAACAAGUCCAACUUCAGAUGAUGCGCCAGGCGAGAAGUCAAAGAGACCUGAACUGGCCAGGCAGACGUCGAGGGCGGAAGGGUUCUCCAAGUUCAGAAUAGGCAUGAUCAUGUUCUCCUUAUGCAUGGCCCUCUUCUUAAGUGCUCUGGAUGUCACAAUCAUUACCACGGCGUUGCCUACGAUAGCACAGGAUUUCCGAGCCUCGAGCGCUGGGUAUACAUGGGUCGGUUCCGCUUACCUCCUCGCCAAUGCAAGCGCGACGCCUCUCUGGGGGAAGUUCAGCGAUAUUUGGGGAAGGAAACCGAUGUUAAUCCUUGCCAAUGUCAUCUUCAUGGUCGGUUCGUUGGUCGCUGCUCUGUCGAAAAGUAUUGGAAUGCUCAUUGUGGCUCGAGUCGUACAAGGUCUUGCGUCUGGAGGUCUGAUAAUCUUGGUGAACAUUAUAAUAUCAGAUCUGUUUUCGAUGAGGGAGAGGCCAAAGUGGUAUGCCUUCGUCGGUUUGACCUGGGCUGUGGCUUCUGGUGUCGGGCCCAUCGUUGGAGGUGCAUUGACUGAAGCAGUGAGCUGGAGAUGGUGCUUCUGGAUCAACCUACCACUGGACGGCAUCAGCUUGUUGUUACUUGUCUUCUACCUAAAGCUUGAGACUCCCAAGACCAAAUUCCUGGACGGCAUCAAGGCGGUAGACUGGAUUGGUGGUCUCCUGAUCGUCGGAGGUGUCAUCAGCUUCUUAUACGGCCUUGAGAGUGCCGGCGUAGCUCAACCUUGGGCUAGUGCUUUUGUGCUGUGCCUCAUCAUCUUUGGUGUGGUCAUGAUCGGGCUUUUCUUCGUUGCGGAGUGGAAGCUUGCGAAAUAUCCCAUUAUGCCACUAAGAUUAUUUAGAGACACCUCAAACAUGGCAGCAUAUGGCGUAUGCUACCUCUUCGGAUUCAUAUUUAUCGCACAGUCAUAUUAUUUGCCACUUUACUUCCAGACCGUCAUGGGGUUGUCACCAAUUGUCUCAGGAGCGGCACUAUUCGCACUGGUGAUCCCCUUGUCAAUCACGUCGAUUGCAACUGGCAUUACUAUCAAGAAGACAGGUCGGUAUCAGGAGAUCAUCUGGGUAUCGGGUGUUGUUCUUUGCAUUGGUUCGGGUCUGUUGAUAGAUCUGCCUGCGCACAGAAGCUGGGUCAAGAGUCAUCUUAAAGGAUACGAUGCAGCUGUGGGCACCGCGACAUAUGGAUUCGUUCGAAACAUCGCAACCAGUAUGUCGGUUGUGCUUGGUGGAGUAGUGUUUCAGAACGAAUUGACGAAGCGGCAGCCACAAAUCGAACGAUCGUUAGGGCCGGAGCUUGCUGGUCAAUUUGCUGGAUCGAGCUUCGGGUCAACAAUCGACGAACUGCAGAGAUUGUCGCCCGAGCAGCGACAAGUCUUGAACCAAGCUUAUGCAGACUCAUUGAGUACGAUGUGGAUAUUCUAUGUCGCUUUUGCUGCACUGCUUAUCGUUGUAAGCUUGUUCAUUACAAAGGUGGAGUUGAGUCGUGAGCAUGAGAAGACAAAGACAGGGGUGGAAGAGCAAGAGAGGAUCAGGCAAGAACAGAUGGAGUUGAAGAGGCAGCGACAGGCGAGUAAGGCAGGAGAGAAAGAUGUUGAGGCAAGUAGCAGAUAG